GGCCAACCGAUGGCCACAAUCCGACGGAACGAGUCACGAUGAAGAGCACUCUGGGAGCCAACCUUAUCUGUGGACUGUUGGCUUUGACGGUGGUCAACGCUUUCGGCACGGAGGAUGACCUGCGGCGACCGCGACCUCCGUACGCCGUGGGAGGUUCGACCCACCCCAAACCGACCCCACCGCCACCGAUUACGAUGCAAGCCAAGGAGGACCGGAACAUUGAGUUCCAGUACCGCGAUCUGGAGCGGCUGUUCGGAAGGGGUUUCAAGGUGGACACACCGGUCGAGUUUCACAAGGUGAUCCUGCGACUGUACGUGGACAGCCUGAACGAGCUGGACAACUGUGCUCAGUUUCUGCGCGAUACGCACCUGCUGGUGGAGUUCCGCAAGUGUGCCCAUUACACGCAACGUGUCGCGUGGCGGCAGAUUCAGGUGCUGAAGGCGGACAUUAGGGUGGUGACGGCGGAAGGAUUUUGAGGAUUUUUAUUUUUUUUAAAAUAAAGAUAUUUAUUGCAAUUUUAAA